UCUAAUCUUCUCAUGGUGUUGAGCUACCGUUCGAACUUGGCUGCAUUUCAGAAUAUAAAUCCAGAAAUGGCUACUCUUCUGCACUCAGACACAUCAAGAGAUCUCUGUUUCUGCGACAGCUGCGUUGUUCUGAAUGCAUUAAUCGACCCGUUCUUCAAUCCAGACGACUUCAUCCAGUUCGAAAACAGCACCCAUCUCCUUCCACAAUUCUCUACCACAGACCCUUUACUCAAUUUCCCACCUGAAAUCUUCCCGGCUGAUGAAUUUGAAUUCAAUUACUGCCCAAAACGAAUUAAGAGCAAUAGCGACUUCCAAUCACCGGAUUUCACGUUCGGUUCGUCGAUGGGGAGUUGGUAUUCCUCACCUGAGUUCUCGUCGGAGUUCAUACUCUCUCCAGCCGAGUUUCAAAUUCCAGUGAUGGGUUUUCCCAAUGGCUUCGAUGGCUCGAAGAAAUCGAUCGGAACAUCAGUGUCGGCGCAGAGUGUAGCCGCACGGCAGAGGAGGAAGAAGAUCAGUGAAAAGACUCAAGAGCUUGGGAAGCUUAUUCCCGGUGGGAAUAAGUUAAAUACAGCUGAGAUGUUUCAUGCAGCUUUCAAGUAUGUGAAGUUCUUGCAAGCACAGGUUGGGAUUCUUGAACUGAUGGGCCCCACUCAGAUGCAGGAAUCUAAGGUAGCAACAGAUGUGGAAGGGCUCAAUAUCCUCCUAUCAUCUCCAAGAAUACAGGAGAAGCUUUAUGAAGAAGAGAAAUGCAUGGUCCCAAAAGGACUAGUUCAAGCACUUGCAAAAGAUCAAGAGAUUCAAUCAAGACCGUCCAUUUCCAGGGACCUUGAUCUCUUGGUCCAAUCAAUGGGAUGUUGAGUCAGCUAAUUCAAGGCAAUCCAAGAGUUGGAUUUUAUUUUUUUAAUAUAAUUUUUUUAAAGAGUUUUUUCUCCUUUGUAUAUAUUAACCUUCCACUUUUUUUACUUUGUUGUUGUAAUCCUUUUCUUGUAAAUAUGUAUUUUUUCAAGAAAUGGAUUUUCUAUUUUUCAUUUUCUUUAAUUUAGCAUUUAUUCAAGAAGAUGUCAUAUGGGGCCCAAAUGGACAACCUAUAAUCACCAUGAGCCGUUGGAUGCGACAGAUUCACCAUUGAUUGCAGAUCAGCCCUUUA